UCUUGGCAAAACUGAUGAUCAAAUACUAGACAGACAUUCAGUUCAUCCAAUCUGCUGAGUCAAACAGGAUGUACCGGUAAGUGCUUCUUCUUUUCACUGUGUGUCAGUACUGGCAAGUCACUAUAUAGAACAAUCAUCGGGUGUGUCGGACACAUCUGAACAAGAGACAUCACACAGAUUAACACAGGUUUCCUCCGGGUGCUCCAGUUUCCCUCCAGUCCAAAGAUUGGCCUGAAGUUGGACUGAAGUGCCCUUGAGCAAGGCACCUAACCCUCCACUGCUCCCCCGGAUGCUGUAGCAUAGCUUCCUACUGCUCUAGGUUGCCUUAAAAGACAACCAUGCUGUGGACAGAAGGGUUGAGCAAUUUGGUCCUGGUGGUGGAUGGCAUCAUACUGAUUGCAGGUUUUCCUGCCAACCUGCUGGCUCUCUACACCUUUGUUCAAAAGGUGAAGCAGCAAGCUAUGCCUAUCGAUGUGCUCUUGCUCAGCCUCACCAUCUCAGACCUGAUCUUCCUUUUCUUCCUUACAUUCCGCAUGAAAGAGGCAGCCGACAUGAAAUGGAUCAUGAGCUACUUUCUCUGUCCACUUUCAGGAUUCUUCUUCUACACAACUAUUUACAACAGCACCUUACAUUUAACAGCAAUCAGUGUGGAGCGCUAUCUGGGAGUGGCCUUUCCAAUCAAGUACAAACUCAAGCGACAUCCUCGAAAUGCUGUGAUCGCCAGUGUCAUAUUCUGGGUGGUUUCCAUGGCCCAUUGCAGUAUUGUCUAUAUCAUGCAAUACUAUAGGCACAAGAAUGAAAAUGUCACUAAUCCGGUCGACAAGGACAUUUGCUAUGACAUGUUUAGCAAGGAACAAUUGACGAUCCUUUUGCCUGUCCGUCUGGAAUUGUUCAUCGUGCUGUUCUGCAUCCCUCUUAUCAUCUGCUGCUUCUGCUACAUCAGAUUUAUCCACAUUCUCUCCCGCUUACCGAACAUCAAACCUAAGAAGCGCUCCAGGGCCAUUGGGCUUGCCCUAGCCACCCUCCUGGUCUUUAUCAUCUGCUUCCUACCUUACAACGUGUCCCAUCUUGUAGGUUAUAUUAUAUCAUCCAGUCCCGACUGGAGAGUGUAUGCACUAAUCCCCAGUACCUUGAAUGCCUGUUUGGACCCCUUUGUUUAUUAUUUCUCCUCUUCAGCACUUCGGGGGACUUUAAAACGACUGAUAUACAGAGGCAACAAUCGCCAGCACACCUCCUGUUGCCGGCGAUUGCUCAACUGUCCCCAACUAAACUGUAUUGCACAUGAAGAAAGCACACAGGGUUCCAAUGACAUAUCUUAUUAGAAGCACAACAUAAUUUUUUUUUUACCAGCAUGUUACAUGUUACAAGUCAACCAGUAAUUCAAAACAAGUAGUGUACUGAUCCUGAUAAACAGCAGCAAAGAAUACCCAACCACACUCUAGUUAACAUCCAUGCACAAGCUAGAAAUGACAUUUCCAACUUCAAUAUUUCUUAAGGCUCCACAAUUAACAACAAAAAUGAAAGCAAUGAGUGCAGAAAAUGUGCAAAAUAAUAAAUCUGUGUAUCCGAUUGCAGUAUUUAAGGAUGUACCAAUCUUUACAACAUGGUGGCUUAGCUGAAAUCUUUGCUUUUGCAAGUAAGAUCACGCAGCAUAGAAGCUCAUGUCUGUCAACGGAAUGGUCCUUAAUGAUCAACGAGUGGCCUUCCUGGCUAGGGAAUGCAAUCCUACAACAUGCUUCAGUAGUGUCUGGGAGAUAUUCCCAAGCUGAUAAUGACCAAGGACUUCUUCUUCCUCCUUGUCCAGCACUGUUGCCAGGUCGGGGUCCAUGUGGACCCUGUUGAUCCACAUGUCAUGUUAACUGGAGCAUAACUUUACACCGGAUACCCUUCCGGUCACAACUCUCCCAUUUCUGGGCUUGGGAAACAACCAUUCACACCUACAGGCAAUUUAGAGUAGCCAGUUAGUCUAACUGCAUGUCUUUGGACUGUGGGAGAAAACCAGAGCACCUGGAGGAAACCCAUAUAGACACGGGGAGAACAUGCAAACUCCAUACAGAAAGGCCCCCGUCAGCCACUGGGCUUGAACCCAGAACCUUCUUGCUGUCAGGCGGCACUGCUAAACACCACCAUGCCACCAUAACGACCCAGGACUUGAACCACCAUAUUCGACUCUGACCUCAGUAGUGUCUGAAGAUAUUAAUCCACACUUUUUAGCCACUUGUGUUUUGGCCAACUUUCCUGUUGCCCAUGUCAAUCUAAUGGAUAUCAAUCCAAAGCACUUUGGUCUUUACUCCAAUCACAAAAAGGCUGCACUGUAAGUACCCUAACAGCAUGACAGUAAAUGUGAAAUGUGCCACUUGUUUGUAUAACAUUCUCCUUUUUGGAUAGCACUGUGGGAACCCAAUACAUCUGAAUUUUGGCUUGUGUUUAGAACAGAAUAGCAUUUUUUGGACAAAAAUUGCAGAACAUGGUGAAUAAUGAAUGUCCAAACGUGAAUGUUGUUUGACCAUUACUGUAAAAUAUUUGGCUAUGUUGAAAAAAUUUAUACUGAUUUUUUUUCUUAUUCGUAAGCUAUUAUGAAUAUACAGGGUGAUUCAAAAUAUGUUAACACUUUACUGACAACAUUUUUCUUUACAGUUUUCUUUUUUGGUUACUGUUGUUGGUUUCCAAAGCAAUGAAGCUACAUUUUACAGUCCAAAAUUAGUACUGUACACUCUUGUGUCAUGAUGUUACCACAUUAUUACAGUGCUAGUAUCAUAUACUGUGUUAACAUUUCUUUAAACUCAUGCUGAACAUACAAAUAGAUAAAACUCAUGAAUCCCAAUGCUUGAAAAAAUGUAAAAUGGUACUGUUAUACGUAUAAUCAACAGUUAUUCCAUGAAAUCGAGUUGGACAUGAACUGAUAGCCGACGAGGCAUGUAACACCGAGUCGGCUAUAAGCCAUGUAUGAUGAAAUUGAGUGAAAUAACUGUUUUAUUCUAUCCACAUUCACUGGAUUUUAAGAAACAGAGCAUUUUUAUUGUUAUUUUUUGCAAAUUCGAUCAAUAAAAACUUUGCACAAAAACUCUGACAAAAUCAUUUCCGCUUAGAAUGUAAACAAACCAGCGAAAUGACAGGAGCAAUUUGUGAAAAAUGCGAUAAUAAUAAUUCUUGAAAAAUACAAAAGAUACGUUCUUACCAUCAAAUACUUUCAUUCCAUAUUUUGUUGCUUUUUUGUAUUUUUGGGGAUUUUAUUUUCGAGUAGAGUUUUUAUUUCGUCCUCAGUUGGUUCAGCAAAACGCUCCGCCAUUUUGCUUUUCUUCUUUAGGGUUUUUUUUGGUGGUUGACAAACCAACUUAAAGGUGCAUUACUGCCACCAACUGGGCUGGAGUGUGGAACAGGAUAUAUUGGGGGGGAGAGGUAUAUUCUUUAUAGCUAUUUCUGUUUCUUUUAAAUACUUGAUAAAGUGAUAUAUCUGACUUGAUGCGCUCUGCUGGUUUUUUCUCUACUCACAGUAUAUGAGCUGAUAGCCUAGUAGUAGAGUAGCCAAUCAAUCAGAGUGCACAAUUGCUCAUAUCCAGUGAAUGUGUAUAGAAUAAUAUAACAGAAUAAAUUAGAGCUGAAUUCAAUAAUGGUGCCAUAUUUGAUGUUAAAUAUCUGUGUAAGAAGUCUGGUAAUAUGAAUUUAAAUAUGAGAAGGGAUAUGCACUGACUGUUGGUCACCUUCAAUUGGUAUUAGAACAGAACUUCUGCCUUCCAUCCACUAUUUAUUGUAUUUUUCUGUUUUUUUUAAACUUUGUAUACAAUGUAAUGGCAAAGUAGAUUUCAGUGAACUUUUCAGAAAUUAGUUCAUUUCAUACCAAACCCUUGAUCCUGACCAGGUUCCUGGUAAUUAUGUAUUUAUAUACUAUGACCAAGUAAUUAUGUAUAUUUCUCCGCAUGUUAUACUUUGCAUUAUGUAAAAUAAUGAAAAUGUUAUCCAAGCAUAUGUGAUGAAACAUUGUAAUCAAAGUGUCCUGCUGAGAAUUAGGCUUCUUUUAAUUGCUAUUUAAUAGUGUGGGAUUUUUUUUCAAUUGGUUAACGGCAAAGUCGACGACUAGAAGGUUUAGAGAUCAAAUCCCAGCACUGCCAGAGAGCGCCAGAGGCCCUUGAAUGUGAAGCUUCAAAGAGAAUGUGCUUAAGUAAGGAUUUGUGCCAGUGUAAAUAAGGAAUGGAUUUUAAAAUGUAUUCUGUUUGAAACUCCUGCUGUAAAGUAUAAAGCUGAUCUAUUUAUUAUGCUUGAAGACGUUAAUAAUGACUCAUGAACAUUUGGAAGCACUGUGCAAUGUGAAGUAAUAAUAAUAAUAAUAAUAAUAAUAAUAAUAAUAAUAAUAUGUGUAUCAUUACCAUCUUACCAUUAAACAAGCUUAGAAAAUCAAUGUCUUGUUAUUAUCUCCGCCAACUUUGUUGGAGAAGGUUAUGUUUGUGUCUGAUUGUUUGUUUGUUCCCAAUGUAACUCAAAAAACUAGUGAAUGGAUUUCGAUGAAAUUUGGAGGAAAAGCUAACCAUGAAUCAAGGAAUAAUUGAUUAGAUUUUGAUGCAAAUCUGGAUAUGUAUGUGGAUCCAGGAUUUUUUUUUUUUGUCUAUUCCCAAUGUAACUCAAAAAGCAAUGAAUGGAUUUGGAUGAAAUUUGGUGGACAGCUUUAGUAUUAUCCUAGGUUCAAGUGAUUUGAUUUUGAUGUUGAUAAUAUGUGGCUUGACGAAGGUAUCCACUCUACCAUGUCUCCUUCUAGUUUAAAUUUAUUUUGUUCUUCUGUAGUCCUGAAAGCUUCAAAUGUUUCUCUGUCAGAGCGUUGCCAGUAAAAUAUUUUUUAGAAAGUAAUGACACCAUACUAUACAACUAUACAA